AUAAAAUAAAGGUGACAACUCCAGUAUCCAUUUAAAAAAUGGGGGUACCGUACAUGCCACUCAUUUGAUUGGUUCAAAUCAUUACAUCAUUUUUAAUUUAGAUUUAAAUAAUUCAACUAUAUCAUUUUGAUUGGUCCAUGUGGAUAAAGGUACAAUACAUUAAGGGUAUCGUAUCAUAGAAUCUACCUAAAAUAAAAAUCCAUAAUUUAUUCGACAGAUAUUCCCUUUCAAGAAAAUUAGGAUUUCAUUCCCCCUAGCUAGUAAGUAUUCUUUCUCCAACCAUACAGGCUAGACGGUAGGGCAGUCAAUAUUAGAUUAGAGGUGGCUAAUAAGCCAUUCCAUCCCCACUAUAUAUACAGAACCUAGCUUACCUUUAAUUUAUUGUGUGUAAAAUAGGAAAGACUUAGCUAGAUGAAGACUGAAAAGAAAAUGAAAAGGAGAAUGGGUGGCCCCUCUCCUUCACACCCUCCUCCUUAUCCAUCAUCAACAACCUUACUGAAAACCCUAAUCCUAGCAGGACUCUACUCCCACCUCUACCGCACUGCUGGAUCUCUUCACAGAGCGAAGUCCAUUCUCAGACACCGCAUCCUCAAACAUCUCGCCGCCGUGCAGCGACGGAUGGCCAUCCUCAUAGUCAAGAAGAGUAAUAAUAGCAAGAAGGCGGCCUUCAACAACGACCAGCUCCGCAAAAAGGCGUUGAAGCUCAGCUCCUUUAUUAAGCCACUCUACAAGUGGUGCUCCUCUUCUGAUCACGUCCCCGCUCCUCCUCCACCGCCAUACUCGGUCCGCGUUAGCCGUCGUUCUAAUGCUGAUCAGUCUCCGGCCGGGCUGUCGGGAUACCUUGACUGGCUUGAUGGGGAGGAGGAGGUGGGCGGUGAUGAUGACAUUGAUCGGAUAGCAGAAGCGUUCAUUGCUGAUUGCUAUGAGAGGUUCAAGUUGGAGAAAGUUGAAUCUCAUAGGAAAUAUCAAGAGAUGUUGGCUAGAAGUGAGUUUGGAGAAAAGUAUAGUUAGAAGUGUUUAAAUUAAAAAUAGAAAACGAGUCAAAGAAGACCUCUUAUUAUCUUCAAACCAUCACAUAGAUGCAUCUAGUUAAAUAAGUAUCAUAUUUAUGUGUCUACUUGUAAAAAGAAGUCAUUUAGAUCAAUUGAUCUGAAGAUGACCUGAUUUAGCAGGUUAAUUGCUUAUGUGGCAUUUUCCCCAGUUUUCUUUUCUUUUAAUUUUGUUAAUUCUUGGUCCCAAUACCUUGGUCGACGGAAAUGCCUCCAUCUUCAUUGUCUUCUUCCUUGGUCUGUUUCUUGGUCAACUCAUAUGCCUCCAUAUAUCUUCAAUUCAUCUUCUUUCUUUUCCUUAGCUUUAAAUCUCUCCGGAAAAGAAUGUUGGCUAGAAGUAGGUAUUUAGGUAAUAUUUUUGCUGAAUUUUAUAGUUCGGACAUAUGUUGGCCGGAAUUCAUGUCUUCAAUGCUUUGGCGUGACUAUGUCUUCUCCAUGGCUUUAACUCGGUGGUUUCCAAGAGAUUGACGGCCUAUUGAGGGCAAUUAAUUUCAGUGAAAUCGACUCUCCACAAUCUUCAUAUGGGAAGGACGGUAGAACAAAUACUGGUGUCUCAUAGAGACCACAAAAAUGCCUCGUCUCAUAGAGACCACAAAAACGCCUCAAUGACGUCAAAGCUUCACCCACUUUCUUUGUCUCUAUCUUUGUUAUUUUCUUUUAUUAAUUACGUUAUCCUUUAAUUUGGUUUGUUUCUUGUAAUUCAUUUUGGAGAAGAUGAAUUCUAUAAAUGGGGC